AUGGACUAUCUCUACGCCAUGUGGUCGCCCCUCACGCAGACGUUCCUGCCGUCCAAGCAAGAAUUUCGCAAGUACCCGAUGCAAGAGUACAGCUGGAACUACCUCGACCACCUCAUUUGCGGCUACUACGACAACAUGACGGAGCAAGUCAAGUACAAGCGCGGCCACUACUGCGUGCUCCCGCCCGCCCUCGCGCAUCUCGCAGACGACGACGACCGCGAAGCGGCCUUGCAAGACUACGGCGACAAGUUCAAUCGGUUCCUCGACUACAUCCGGCUCAAGGCGCGCGGGAAGGACGACAAGACCGAGUCCGACGCGACGCUCCUCGACGUGACGCCCCUGCUGACAAAAGUGCAGCAAGCGGCCAAGGAGGAGCGAGAGGCCAAGGCGCGGGACGCGCAGAAGGCGCUGCAAGAGGCGCAGGAAGCUGGACAGACGCGGCAGGCGGUCAAUGGCAAGCCAGCCGACACCGUCGACAUUGAGAAGGACGUCAAAAAAGGCAGCAGCGACAAGGGCAAAGACAGCAGUGCGCCCAAGAACCCAAGUGGGAUCUGCAAGGUCCAGCAGAACGUGGCCAAGAUCCCGCUUCUCGCACCCGACGCGCCGCACAGCCAGCAGUGGGUCAACCUUCGCUACGACAUGGAGCUGCUUCCGACGCAGUGCUUUCAUUUGGAGGUCCAAUGGCUCGUGUGUCGCAGCGCGCUCGUCGACGACUUUAUCACGGGCCUCACACGCCGUGCGAAGCAGUUUAGCCUCGACAUCAUUCCCGUGCCUGAAAACUAUGGCGCGAGUACGCUAGAUAUCCACCCGCUCAUCUGCCCCGUGCACUUUGCGAUCCAUGUGCCGAGCGUGCUCCCGAUGGUGGAGAAGGCGCUCGUGUCGACCCUCGGCUUUUGCGUCGACGGUAUUUACACGGCGACCAAGGAGCUGCUCCCGACGCAGUACAACGUCCACAAGCCGACGGGUGAUCGGAACUACCGCCAGUACGUCCACCGGGAGCUCUCGUGCUUUGUGCGCGUCACCGAUGCGAGCGUCGUGUGGAUCUCGAGCCGCCGCCUCCACUCGCCCGAGAUGAAGGCGCUCUUUGAGACCGUACGAGCCUGCGUCGCCGACCUCCAGGCCACUGCGCUGCCGCCUCUUGCGAUCGCCGCAACCUGCGCCGUGUAAUGUGCAUCAAAUUCGAGUGGUUGCAG